AUGAUGUUACAAUAUUUAUUAAAAUCAAGAACAAAAUGUAUUAUGUUAGGACAUAAAACAAUUCGAUCCAUUCCAGUAAAAACAUUCACCUAUGAAUCACGUAUUCGACGAAUGUAUAAUGAUGGUAUAGAUGUAAAACAACAAACAGUCGAAAUUAAUUCAAUAGAACGUAUUCGUCGAUGUUUACUUCACAAAAAUGAUGACAUUUGGACUUUUUAUAAGACAAUGCAUCCCAAUGUACGAACACUUGGUGAUACUCUUAAUGAAGGUUAUGUUACCUCAAACGAUGGACCGUGUGUAGGUAUUAUUCAAUCAUCGAAUGGUAUUAAUUCUUUACAAUGGCUUCCUUAUUCCAAAGUUAUAGAAAAAAGUCGAUGUAUUGGUUCAUAUUUAUGGGUUGAAACAAAACUUACACCAAUGCAAUCGAAAGUUGCUAUUCUUUCAGCAAAUCGUGCUGAAUAUUUGUUUGUUGAACAAGCAUGUUAUCAAUAUGGAUUUAUCGUUGUUAGUCUUUAUACUACUUAUGAUUCUGCAACUAUUUUAAAUAUUCUUCAAAAGACCCAAGUCGAAGUACUUGUAGUCGAUAAUUUAGAACGUAUUCGAACUAUUCAAGAUGAUUUAUUCAAUAAUAAUCAAAUAAGAGAGAUAUUGGUUAUGGAUGACAGUAACUAUGAUGAGAAAAAUAAAAUUCGAUCUAUUUCAACAAUAUUUAAAUCAAUACAGCAUAGUGAUAUACGUGAACGGCCAAUAGUUGAUCCAAAUAGUAUUGCUACAUUCAUAUUUACAAGUGGAACUACAGGAGAACCAAAACUUGCAAUGAUCUCACAUGAAAAUUUAUUGGCAGCGGUGAAAGGUAAUCUUAUUCGUUUACACCGACAAAAUGUUAAAAGGCCACUUACCAAUAGUCAUUGUUCAUUUCUACCUAUGGCACAUAUUUUUGAAAGAUUUGUAAUCUUUCAAAUUCUAUUCGAAGGCACAGCAAUAACAUUUUGUCCAGCUCCUGAAAAGCUCGUCGAAUAUUUAUCUAUAGUGAAACCAACUCAAGCUUCUGUUGUGCCACGUGUUCUUAACAAAGUCUAUGAUACAAUUAUGAAUGAAGUUAAUAAAAGUGCAAUAAAACAAUUUCUUGUUCGACAAGCAUUACGUGAACAACUACCAUUUUUGUCACGUUUCGUCUUUCGAAAAGUUAGAGCUUUAUUCGGUGGUCAACUUCAAGGAAUAAUAACAGCAUCAGCUCCAAUAAAACCAGAUGUGAUGCAUUUUUUUCGUAUAGCAUUGGAUGUACCUAUAAUAGAAGGAUAUGGACAGACUGAAUCAUCAACGAGUGGUGCUAGUACACAUCCAAUUGAUAUGUCAUAUGGUACAGUUGGUUCACCUGGACCAAAUUCCGAAAUAAAAUUAAUUGAUGUACCAGAUACAACCUAUCGAUCUGAAAUGAAUCAAGGAGAAGUUUGUAUCCGUGGACCAGCUAUUUUUAAAGGCUAUUAUGGUGAUGAAGCAAAGACAAAAGAAGCGAUUGAUCAAGAUGGCUGGUUGCAUACAGGUGAUGUAGGAGAAUGGGCAAGUAAUGGAGCAUUACGUAUUAUUGAUCGUGCAAAACAUAUAUUCAAAUUAAGUCAAGGAAAAUAUAUUGCACCAGAGCGUCUUGAAGAUGUUUAUAUGCGUUCACAAUGGGUUGCACAAAUCUUUAUUGAUGGUAUUUCUAGUGAAGCGUCUGUUGUAGCUAUUGUGAUACCUGAUGAACAGUAUGUUCGAAAGAACUUUCAAUCAGUAACCACUGAAACAACAUUUGCCGAUUUAUGUAAGGAUGUAAAACUAAAACAAAUUAUUUUAUCCGAUUUAAUAAGAUUAGCAGAAAAAUCUAAUCUUAAAAUUUAUGAAACACUGAGCAAUAUUCAUCUUCAUCCCGAGUUAUUCUCGCACAACAACGGAUUUAUUACAAUGUCACAAAGAAUAACAUUACCGAAAGUAAUCUUUGGAACUAGUGGACUAGGAAAUUUAUAUGUGGCACUUGAAGAUAAAAUUAAACUUGAAAUUGUUACAGCAUGUAUACAAUACAGCUCAGGACAAAAACCGGUCGUAUUUGACUGUGCUGGAAAAUAUGGUGCUGGAUUAGCUUUAGAAACAUUGGGAAAUUGCUUGAAAAUGUUAAAUAUAAAGCCAGAAGAUGUACUGAUCAGUAAUAAACUUGGCUGGUAUCGAACUACUGAACUUCAAAGUGGCACAGAACCUACAUUUGAAUCUGGAGUAUGGCGUAAUUUGAAAUAUGAUGCAGUACAGAAGAUAAGCUACAAAGGUAUACUUGAAUGCUAUGAACAAGGCAAUCAGCUGUUGAAUGGUUACAAGGCUAAACUUGUGUCGGUACAUGAUCCAGAUGAGUAUGUUGCCGGUGCUCAAAGUCAGUUAGAAAAGGACAAACGUUACAGUGAUAUCAUUGAAGCUUAUCGAGCACUUUGUGAAUUGAAGAGUCGAGAUGAAGUCAAAGCUAUUGGUAUAGGAUCAAAAGAUUGGAGAAUGAUACAACGUAUUGUAAACGAUGUUAAUUUAGAUUGGGUAAUGAUUGCCAAUAGUAUGACUGUACACAGUCAUCCUCAAGAACUAGUUACUUUUAUGGAAGAACUACAACAACGUGGAACAAUCAUUAUUAAUGCAGCAGUGUUUAAUGGUGGCUUUUUAAUUGGCGAAGAUUAUUAUAAUUACAGGGUUCAUGAAAUUUAA